AUGGUCGACCGAGGAGAUCGCGUCAGUUAUAUGCUAUUUCGAUCCGUCUUCUGCUGCAGUCGUCCGAACAAAGUCUCCGAGAAGGAGCUCGUCGUCCCGGAUGUCUCAAGCGAGCAACUUCAAACGGUUUUUCUAAGCUCUAUUUAAAAAAAAUCUAUAUUAACGCUGUUUUUGAUAACCAAACUUCAGCCUGUUCGUAGUUAGGACUUACUUAGGAAUUCCAGAGUGAUCCCUAGAGGGGUUAGGAGUGAAAACAACUUUUAUGGGGCCGAAAAAGUGGUCCUUAUAGGGGCUAAAGGGAUUCAGGGUCUGACCCCUGACCUAUUAAAGCUCAAGUGGACCCUAUAGGGGUCUUUCAAUUUCAUUCAAAAAAACGUUUUUUUUUCCAGUUUUUUCCCAUGGAUCUCUUAGAAUUCCCAAUUAGAGACUAGCGUGUCCCCUAUACUUUUGCAAGCUUCAGUGGUCACUAUAGGGGUUGGUAAAGUGGUCCCUAUAGAGGAGCUUCCAAGGGCGCCUAAGGUUGCCCCUAUAGGGUCACUCUGGAGUUCCGAAGAACUGUAAUCAAAAUUGAAAAGCUAUUCGAUCUGACUUACAUAAUUAAAUAGCAUAAAGUCCUUAAAUUUGGGCUUAAAAAAAUUUCUUAGGCCUAAAAACUUUGGGUUUAAGGCUUAAAAUCUGUCUCCCAACUCCGGUUGUCAAUUAUCGAGGUCUUAUUGGAUAAUCCUCAUUUUUCUACUCUUUCUUGAUUUUUCGAUCCGAGCUUAUUUUUUAUUCUAACUUGUGUUCCUAUAUAUAAAACUCUAUUCCAUUCAUCCAUUCCAAAUCUCUAAACAUGAUUAGCGGAAAGGACAAAAAAAAAGCCGGAAGCUUAUCUGGAUAUUUGGUGAUUAUUUGCAAGAACACCUGGACCCUAUUCCGUCAUUUCCUGGAGUUUUUUUCAUUUUAUUUUCAGGUAUUCGUGGUAACUAUGCCAAGUGUCAUUGGUCGAGGUCUUAUUGGGAAACUGAUGAGGUGCCUGGAGGACAUGAAAAUGGCGCCAUUGAAUAUGCGGAUGCUCGUACCACCGUCUUCCUUGAUCGGGGUAGACAUAUCUCCAAUUUUUGUUAAGCUUUUUUUUUAAAAUUCACUCCGGAAAAUCGGAAAAUAUUACGAAAGUUAGAUCCAAUCUUUUCUGGCCGGUAAGGGCGUUGCGUUGCGUGUGCGACGCGGCUAUUGGCGGGAAAUUGAAAUUAAACAGCGAGCCGCCUUUUUUUCUUUUUUUCAACAAUUUCAAAAAAAUUUUAGUUUUCGAUGGGUUAGUAAAGGUUCAGUUGAAAGUAUAACAGUAUAAAAAAAAUAAUGAAAAGCUUAUAUUUUUUUCUCCAAUUUCCAUGAUUAAAUUAGACCUCGAGAUUUCCGCCAAAAGCUACGUCCUUGCCAAUCUACCCGUCUCGUCUUUCAAGUCAGAAAAAAUUGACUAUAUUGAUAGAAAAUUUUCAAAAAUCCUCCAAAAAAGCAUCUAAACUGAACGAAAUUCGAUUCUAAAAUGCGACUGCAGACAUCGGCUGUGAUGAAAGUCCACCGGAAAAAUCCUCCAACGGGCGUCUACGUCGCAUCUCUGUGGAAAGGCCGCGAAGCUCAAGUCUACAUCGACGAGGCUCUUCGCAAGUUUCGGCAUCGCUUCGGAAUCCACAAAAGUGCGUUCCCAAGUGAUUUCUUCGGAAGUCGCUCGUGUUUCAGAUGACGUUUUGUACACGUUCAGUAGUAUCCACGCCGAGAACGAAGGACGUAUCUGGUUUCCGUAUGUUACUUUUUCAAAAAACUUCAUUGGGAUUCCAGAGUGGUCCCUACAGGGAAAGCAGCCCCUAUCAGGGCCGAAAAAGUGGUCCCUACAGGGGUAAAAUCAAGGUGGACUGACUAUAUAGCUCCUCAAGCUUAAAUGGUUUUUUUAGGGACCUUUCAACUCUAUUUAAAAAAGCUUGUUUAUCUAAUUUUCGCAUGGUAAUUCUUCUUCGCAAAGAGUACAUAUGAAUUAUCGAUAAGCAUGUCCCCUAUAGGGACCACUAUUACAAGCUUUAGUGGCCCCUAUAGGGGUUGUUAAAUUGGUUUCUAGAGAAGACCCUCCAAGGGCCACUAUGGUUACCCCUAUAGAGGCCACUCUGGAGUUCCUAAGAUUAUUUGCUUUCGGAAACUCAGAGAGCACUUCGAAAACUGCUUUUUUGCAGACUGACAGCCGCUGACCCGGUCCCGGUGGAGACACUGAACGAGGCGGCUCCGGCUCCUAUAGCUGUUGCAACAAGGGAAGAAGAAGAAGAAAAGAAAGAAGACUUCGAAGAAGCCAAGUCCGAGCAGAACGGCGUCAUCGCAGUAGAGCCGCAAGAAACAGUAGAGGAGCCGAACGGAGAGCGACCCAAGUCGAUCGACUCACACAGCCCGCAGACAUGA